AAUAUUAAUUUGCUUUUUCUCUUGCUCACACCCCAAGCAUUAUUCUAUCCAUCAAGUAUAUACCCUUUUCUUGUCCUUCUAUAUCAAAGUUCAGAACUUUACCUCUUCUCUACUACUUGUAUAUUACCGUUUCUAUUAUCCGGUGACCGGAAAAUGGCUUUCCGGCGUAUACCCAUCAUCACUUUUACCUUGUUUCUUUACUUAAUAGUUUCUACCCAGUCCCGGAACAUUAAUAGUUUACACAGAAAGCACAAAGCCCAAUUCAAAGGACCCAUCAAAACCUUAGUAGUCUUAGUAAUGGAAAAUCGUUCCUUUGACCAUGUUCUUGGCUGGCUUAAAUCAACCCGACCCGAUAUCGACGGUCUAACAGGAAAAGAACAUAAUCGGGUCUCCAUCGCCGACCCGAACUCUGAGAAAGUCUACGUCUCCGAUGAUGCCGUCUUCGUUGACUGGGACCCGGGUCACUCCUUUCAAGCGAUCCGAGAACAAAUAUUCGGGUCGGAUGAAGACAGCAAAGCAAACCAGCCAUUAAUGAAUGGGUUUGCACAGCAAGCCGAGUCCAUGAGUGAGAACAAAUCAAGAACCGUCAUGAGCGGGUUUAAACCGAACCGGUUGCCGGUUUACACAGCGCUAGCUAAUGAGUUUGCGGUGUUCGACCGGUGGUUCGCAUCGGUUCCGGCUUCAACACAACCGAACCGGUUUUAUGUACAUUCGGCGACAUCCCACGGAGCAACAAGCAACGUACGCAGAGAUCUAAUCCAUGGAUUUCCUCAGAAAACAAUAUUUGACUCGUUAGACGAAAAUGACCUUACAUUUGGGAUAUAUUACCAAAAUAUUCCUGCCACUUUAUUCUUCAAAUCACUGAGAAAAUUAAAGCAUUUGAUAAAAUUUCACGACUAUGAGUUGAAAUUUAGAAGGCAUGCCAGGCUAGGGAAGUUGCCUAAUUAUGCGGUGGUGGAGCAGCGUUACUUUGACGUGGAGCUGUUUCCAGCCAAUGACGAUCAUCCAUCACAUGACGUGGCGAUUGGACAGAGGUUUGUGAAGGAGGUGUAUGAGAUACUGAGGGCUAGUCCCCAGUGGAAGGAAAUGGCUUUGUUAAUAACUUAUGAUGAGCAUGGCGGGUUUUAUGAUCAUGUGCCUACACCUGUGACUGGUGUUCCCAGUCCUGAUGGGAUUGUUGGCCCUGACCCGUUUUACUUUCGGUUUGACCGUUUGGGUGUUCGGGUUCCAACUAUUCUGGUUUCUCCUUGGAUUGACAAGGGCACUGUAAUCCAUGAGCCUGUUGGGCCAACACCGCAUUCACAAUUUGAGCAUUCUUCAAUUCCUGCAACUGUAAAGAAGCUUUUUAACUUGAAAUCAAACUUCCUUACGAAGAGAGAUGCAUGGGCUGGUACUUUUGAGGAUUACUUUCACAUUCGUGACACUCCACGUGAUGAUUGUCCAGAAACCCUGCCAGAGGUGCAGAUGUCAUUGAGGCCAAGGGGACCAAUAGAAGAUAUGCGUCUAUCUGAGUUUCAAGUCGAACUGAUCCAGCUUGCCUCACAACUCAAUGGUGAUCAUGUCUUGAAUACUUACCCAGAUAUUGGGAAAAGCAUGACAGUGGGGGAAGCCAACAGAUAUGCCGAGGAUGCAGUUAAGAGAUUCCUAGAAGCUGGGAAGGCUGCUCUUAGAGCUGGAGCCAAUGAAUCUGCAAUUGUUACAAUGAGACCUUCUCUCACUAGCAGGGUUCCUGUAGGAGACCAUGAUAGUUACCUAAAAGCCUAUUAGUUCCACUUUAAACAGUCAUUUGUAAAUAUAAAUUUAAAUACUAGUGCUAUUGUGUGGAAAUAUAUUAGAAGUUUGUGAUAAUUAAAAGGUAUAUUUGUGAUCAGAAUCUUGUAAACCAUCAAGAACGUGAUUGGUCCUGUUUGUUUACAUGGAGCAAUAUAAACGUACUAAUAUAGCAAUACCCUGAAA